AUGGAUGACCAAUUGCCCGAGGAUCAGAAAGCGCGCCUGCACGAGGUUGCCAACCUCAUGCUAGAAAUCUACCAGACCUUUGCCCAGAUGCGCUAUCUCGACCCAGCAGGAAUCGAACAAGGCCCACAUAAUAUCGACCAUCUGCGCCCAUUGUACGAAAAGUUGAAGAUUGAUCCUGCCAUCAUCUACCUCUACAGCAUCCUGCCCUAUGUGAACACUCAUGUUGCCGGUAACAAGGAUUUCUUCCACGGUGGCGCAUUCACGGAUUUCCGGCGCGAGGAAGACGUGACGCAGGGUCGAGAUCCAUUUUACGGCUGUCCUGUUGGUGAUGACUACGACGAUGAGAAUGGGCCGUACAUUCGGCCGUGGGUGACCCCGUUGUCGCGGCUGGGGAAUCACCAGAGCGUGAUCAUCUACGAUGCGCGGCGGCAUCGGAUUUGGAUUAUCGACCAGGAGUGGUGGAACACUACUGAUCCUGCGCUGGCGGAUGGCCCAGUCACUUACUCCGAUGAUUCAGAUAAAGAAGAAAAGGAACCAAAGAAAAGCAAGAACAGCAAUGACAUCGAGCAUAUACCCAGUCGUCGCGCUGGGGAUGUUUUACGCGAUAUUAUCCGCUGGUAUCGUUCACUAGACGAGCUACCUGGUGGCGAGCAUUGCGCAGGUGAAUGGAGCCGGUAUGAUAUACCCCUGAAAGAGCUGUACCGUGAGGAUGGCUGGCCGGAUAAUUUCGACGGGGACAGCUUUCAGAUUGCUCAAGCGAGGGCGCACUGUGCUUCGAGCGCCAAGUACACCGCUGAAGAACCACUGCGAUGCGUGGAGAGAUUCAAGCUCUGGAGGAAGCGUGCGGAGGGCCGCAUUUCGGCACACCAGGCUGAACUUGCGGCGGCCAAGUCUACGGAUGAGGAGUGGGCGGCGCGUUUCAAGCUGUGGAGGGAAGAGCAAUGGUCUGCGAGGAACAUUGAGUCUCUCACCAAGGCUGAACAAGAAGCGGAAAGGUUGUGUCCUGGGGGAGUAUGUCAGAGGAAGGAGGAUCUCCCUCUCUGGGAGCUGGAGAGGCUUCGGCAUGAGUACAAGUGGAAGCGGGAGAGAGUGGAAACGUACCAGAACUGGGCGAACGAGUUUGUCGAUACUGACCCUGUCCGUGCGCAAUAUUAUCAGAUCAGCUUGCAGCAGGCAAAGAGGGAGGUUGGUAUCUAUCAAAAGGCGUACGAAGCGGCCCGAGCAGACGCAGACCGGCUAUGUCCAGGGAGGACCUUUCAGUCUGCUACCGGAAUUGCUUCCCUUGGCAGAAUGGAUACAGUCACUAGUAUUCGGGAGCAGAAAGAUACCAUGGCCAUGAUGCAACGCGAACUUGAAGCGCUCAGAGAUUGGGCUCUACAAUUACCAGACAGUGCUAUACAGGCCAAAAAGCUUGUGGAGGAGGAGGUAGAAAGGUACCAACCGGGAAUCAAAAACGGGAAGGAAAUGCUACAGCGGUAUGAAGCAUCUUUAGCUGAGCACGGUAAUCAAGAUUGA